UGGAGAGUCGGCAAAACAAGGUUACUUACAUAGCUUAUGAGCUGUAGCUAACCCAAUGCAUUGGUUAUUAGCAGCAGUUGGACUCAUGAUUCAGCUGUCAUAGCUAUGAAGGACAGGAACGUUGUCAGCGCAUCGUGAAACUCAACAAGCAAACUGGGUCCUUUGUCAGUAUGACCGGGCAGUGACCGUGACCCUUUACCGUGUGAGCGAGUUCCCUCCCCAGGAUCCCCCAUGUGCAUCAUCUUCUUCAAGUUCGACCCUCGCCCAGCCUCCAAAAAUGCGUACAGGCUCAUUUUGGCUGCCAACCGAGACGAGGUGUACAGCCGGCCGUCCAAGGCCGCCGAUUUCUGGGGGAGCGGCAGCGAGAUCCUCAGCGGGCUGGACCUGGAGGAAGGGAAGGUGGGCGGGUCCUGGCUGGGGAUCAGCAAGAGAGGAAAGCUGGCGGCCCUGACCAAUUACAUGGAGGCAAAGACCAAUCCCGAUGCACAUGGAAGAGGGUUCUUGGUCUCGAACUUCUUGACGGAGAACAUGGACAGCUGCUCUUACCUGCGGAAGGUGUCCUCGGAGGGCCACCUGUACAACGGAUUCAACCUGCUGACUGCGGAGUUCAGGGCUAAAGAAGCAACAGUUUGUUACUAUGGAAACAAAGGCCACAGCGAACCCAUCAGUCUCAAACCAGGUAACUUCCUGGUGAAAAACGGGUCUGGUAUCAAAUCUGGACUGUGCCUCUGCCGACUGCUAGCAGCUCCGCAGGGCGACUCCCGGUUGGCUGUAUUGCUGCCCAGGGAUGGUUGGGUUUCAGUCGGUCAUGAUUGCGCCUCAUCGCACACCAGCGGCCCCCACUGGUCAUAUUGGGCAACUGCAGUUCUGCCUGUUGAGCUGCGCAUGAAGUGUCUUCCUCCAACUCACGUCUGUGCCAGCCCGCCUGUGACGGGGUAUGACCUCCUAGAAGCAAAUGACAUCGCAUCACAGCGGAUAUUGGUUUGGCGCGAUAAGAUACGAACGUAUGAAUGCCAGCCCGCCUUGCAAACUGCGUGGCCUAGUUGUCCGGUGGGCGGGGCCUACGUGUCAUGUGGGCGGAGCCUAUGUGUCAGGUUGGGCGGGUCCAACGUUUUAGGAGCCCAUGGCUUUCGCACAACUGGCUUUGGCAUGUCAGUAAGCGGCCCUUCAUAAGGGGAAAGAUGGCAGGUGACCUGGAACUGAAUGGCGAUGCUGUUUAUGUACCUACCUGAGAAUCGCCAUUGCCAAAAUAUCUCCUCAUGCUGGAGAUUUCAGAUAGAAUGUUGUGUUUUGUUUUUAUAUUUCUUUUUUAAAACCACUUCAGAAAUGCUUGUGUUGUGCAAACUGAAAUAUGCGGUUGGAUCAACUGAGAUUAAAUCUCGAAGCUCGGGGUAAUGAGUCAUUUGUGUUUUAUAUGACUGGAACACAACCUGAAAAUACUGCACACGGUUUUAAAAAUGGGAUUUAAAAGUCUGACAAAUGGUUGUUCGCAUGCCGAAACCGAGCGGUUCAUAAAGAAAUCUACCUGAAGGCAUGAUUGAAAUCUUCUCCUGAGUAAUGUGAUUUUUAUUUAAAAUUUUUAUAUUUUGUCCAGUUUGGUCGGCACCAUAUAAACUACAUUCAUAUUGUGUUUUGACAGCCUGCACAGUGGAGUAUGAUGACACAGGUCUGAAAAUACGAUGAACGAUUUUCAUUUUGGACUUUGGGACAUUUAAUCUCCCCGUACGUCUUAUCAAGCCAUCCAUCAGAAUGUUUUUUUGUCAGAUGCUAUUCGACAUUUUUAUUUACUUGAAGAUGAAAUUCCCGCCUUGAAAUUCCGACGGUGAAAGCGGGCACUCUGUCUUUCGGGAACAUCUGAACCACGAGCACUUCAGAGCUGAGGCUGUCGGAGGCGGUGAAUUAUAAGUUUUAAGGCUGUCGUCCCCCCCGUCCAAAGGAAGAGCUUAGCCCAAAUUGACGAAGACGGCCCAUUUCAAACGACGUCGGCCGUUCUGCAAGUCGAACGUUUGUCAGAAAAGCGGAGGAAAGUGUCAAAAGGAAAGGCACGGUUGGGGAAACUAAUGCUGACUGUCGCCUAAUCGAAGCCCUGCCCUGCAGUUUUAAUAUAUAGAUAAUAAUAAAUUAAUUUCUAUGGUAGUUUUUUUGUGUCAAACACAGACACUACAAGGUACAAAACGUUAACAAGGGAACUCUUUUAGACAGUUCAGUGUUUUGGGAGGGGGAAAUGGUGUUGCUUGUGGUGGUAAUGCAGAGAGAGAAAGAAUUGGGGUGAUUGUUUUCAGAUAAGCUGGGUGUGGAAGUGCUGCAUUGUGGGAAUUGUAGUUUUUCCAUACCCUUGGGAGCACUGGCAGCGGCAUCGCUAAUGGCUAUCUGAUUGGCUCC